AAAGGUAAAGGCCUUAUAUUGGGAGGCUAUUCUUCAAAUAAUAGCAAAAACGACGUCGAUUCCACGAAAGAUUUCAUUUGGACAGAAGCGGCAAAAAAUUUCAACGAUCAAGUGGCUAAUCGCUUAAAGGAUGCGUUGAACUGAGUGGCUGACUUGUUUGUGAUGUCUUUCAGGUCAGAUGAGCUGUGAAUGUGGCAGCUUGAAAUAUUGAAAGCCUGAAGAUGGCAGCCCGUGGGGUUAAAAGGGGUCCCCAAUCUCUACUGUUUGGGGGUGUAAAAGACACCUAUGAAGAUAGAGAUAGUGAUCUUCUCUGCCCCGUCUGCUUGGAUUUGAUGUCAGAGCCUUAUGUGACUACAUGUGGACACAGCUUUUGUCAUGGAUGCAUUAUCAGGAGCCUGGAGUUAGCCAGCAAGUGUCCUAAAUGUGGCGGGCCGCUCGACAACAGUGGUCGCAACCCAUCCGUUUUCCCCAAUGUAACCCUGAAUGCCUUAAUAGCCAAGGAGAAGAAGAGAGUCGCUGGUAGUCAAGAUGGAAAUCUCUUAUUGAAAGAUUUCACUACAUUGCUAGACAAACGGGAAUGGCAUCCAUCAGAACUCACCCGUAUGCAAGAAGUUCUGCUACGUAAGCAAUGCGACGUUGAUGCCGAACGCAAGUUGACUGAGGCGAAACUACUUGGUGAAUUCCUGGAACAACUCAAAGCUAAAAAAAACAAUGAGUUGAGGAAUGUCCAACAAGAGCUAGAAGUACUGGACACAGACUUGCAAACGGCGCAAACCCUGUAUCCCGGCAACGAGUUGGCAAAAGAGAAGGAAGAAAAUAAUGAAGAGAAAAUGCAAUUUAAUGAAACGGCUUUCAAUUCCACCCUCGCUCCUACUCCUUUGAGCAUCGCUCAGCGCCGAGUGCGAAUGCACCAACAUUUUGAGGAUUUGGAAGAGAAAUACUGGGCUUUGCGGAAUAAUCGUUUCAAUGGGGAUGGCAAGAAAAGGGAAAGUUUACUUGAUUUUCAAUCUAAUUUGAAUCAACUCACCCGAUGGAGUAAACUGAGACCUCUUGCUAACUUGAGUUACGGAAGCGAACUCCUCAAUACUGCUCAUAUUGUUAGUUCGAUCGAGUUCGACCGAGAUGCAGACUUCUUUGCUAUCGCUGGAGUCACGAAACGAAUCAAAGUGUACGACUAUGCGGUGGUGGUCCGUGAUGCAGUAGAUCUCCAUUAUCCCGUCAUGGAGAUGGUUGCCGGCUCUAAAAUAUCAUGCAUUUCAUGGAGUGCAUAUCAUAAAUCGGUGCUAGCCAGUUCCGACUACGAAGGCAGCGUGUCUGUUUGGGAUGCGUCCGUCGGCACGCGUUUAAGAGCUUUUCAAGAGCACGAGAAACGUUGCUGGAGCGUCGAUUUCAAUCGCAUGGACAGUCACUUAAUGGCUAGUGGCAGCGAUGAUUCUCGUGUCAAAAUUUGGAGUUUGAACGCAGAACACUCUGUGGCUACACUGGAGGCUAAAGCGAAUGUUUGCUGCGUCAAAUUCAACCCAUAUUCACGCUACUGUUUAGCCUACGGCGCAGCCGAUCAUUGCGUCCAUUACGUCGACCUACGUCAGCCUAAGGAACCGCUCCGGGUCUUCAAAGGCCAUCGUAAGGCUGUCUCCUAUGUCAAGUUUCUAAGCGAUCGAGAACUCGUAUCAGCCAGCACAGAUAGCCAAUUGAAAUUGUGGUCAGUGGAGGACAACGUCUCAUAUCGUUCAUUCCGUGGACAUACGAAUGAGAAGAACUUUGUUGGUCUAUCAACAACGGACGGCAGCAAAGACGAUCGACGCGAUUUGAUUGCGUGCGGUUCGGAAAACAAUGCCCUUUAUCUUUAUUCAAAGGGUUUGAGCCAGCCUCUACUUCACUAUCGUUUCGACGUGGUUAAAAGUGCUUUGCUGGUCGAUAAAGAACGCGCCGAACAAGAGGAAAGUGCCGAGUUUGUUUCGGCCGUGUGCUGGAAACCUGACUCGAACGUUAUUGUCGCUGCCAACAGCCAAGGAACGAUCAAGAUUCUCGAACUGGUUUAGGAUCAUUUUUUUUUUGUUGCGAAAUUCCGCCAUCGAUCGAUCGCCAUGACUUUGUUUUCAUUUGUCCAUUUUACAGAAUGAGCUGUGACUUGUGUAUGUGUUCUGCCAAAAAGUGAUUCCCGUAUUGUGCCUCCUCUUGAUCAAGCAUUUUCAUGUUACAAUACAGUUCUGACUCUUUUUUGACUACUUA